ACAGACAGCAGUCAUGGACCAGAAGGCCGGGGAAACAAACGAGGCCUAUCAGGCCCGCAUGUUAGCCUGGAGUAUCGAGACAAAGAAGCGGGCAGAUGACGCUGCCACAGCAGCCAAGAAAAGGGCAGAGGAUGCCGAGCAGGCACGUCUGCUGGCCGUGCAACAACAGCGCCAGCAUGACGAGGCAGCAGCAAGGGCUGCCGAUGAAGAAAGAACACAGCGUCGUGAGAAGAUAUUCACCGGAGAGCGGGCGUUACUUACCAUGGCAGCAAAAUGGCGAAGCGAGGCCGAGAAUAGCCAGUUGGAGGAUAGCGCAAACAAGAUAGCGCUCCUCCUCUCGCAUCUCACGGAUCUCCUGGCAACCUGCAUUACACAGCAGGCGGAGAUCCUUGGUCUCGACAACUCGGUAGCUCAUCUCCAAGACCGCCUUCAGCGGUUGGAGCAGCAACCAGUCCCCGCCGCCGACCCAGGCUCUUCCAAUACUGCCGACCGCCUCACCGCAUUGGAGAUGCACGUCGGCUCCCUCCAGGACGGCACACAGUUACAGCAGACCGCGACGCAACAGUUGCAGCAGCGGAGCUGCACUACCGCCACCACCUCGAGUCCGGAGCCGCGCGAGACAGCUCCUAAGUUCGAUGGGCAGGAGAUCUUCCACGACUCAAUCAAGACAGACCCAAUUCCAUGGUUUCGCAAGUUCGAGCUCACGCUGCAGCUCCACAACGUCAAGGAACACAAGCAUCACGCCUACUUGUACUCUCGCUCAGGGGGCGCGUGUCAGGCUUGGUUGGACAACCUGUUGUCCAAGUACGGAGUGGUAGCUAAUGACUUGCACACCAAGAUCACCUGGGAUGAUCUGAAGGCGGCGUGGCACAAGCGGUUCCAGGUAGAGCCGUCAGAGAUCAAAGCCAUGGACAAGCUCAUGGUCUUCGAACAAGGCACGCUGCCGAGUACGGACUGGAUCGCCGAGUACCAACGCUUGACGUUAGUCCCAGACAUCCAGAUGGGCUUCAAGGCCAUCCGCCACUACUUCAUCUCAAGGUCAUGUCCGGCAUUGAGCAAUGCCCUGACGCAGGUCGAGGACACAACGACGGCGGAAUUAUUUGACAAGGCUGCGCAGAUCAUCGUCACGAACAAGGAGGCCAAGAACCUCCGUUCAUCUGCGUCAGGCCCGAGCAGGGACCAGCAUCGGCCAAGAGUGGCCGUGGUCGCAGCGGCAGCGCCCUUAGACCAAACCAGCGAGGCUGCGUCUGCAAGUGAAGGAGACAGAUUCACAGCCGCCCGGGAAGACGCAGGUUUGCCCAUUGAAAGGCAAGGGCGGACAAGGAAACUGAGCACCGCCGAGAGUGACGCGACGACACUCUCGACGCCUUCGGAACUGGUUUCUUCGCGAGUGACCAGCCUUCAUUCCGAGGCGCACGCGGAAGUCGACAGUCCUCCGAUCCUAUUUUCUUUUGAGGACUAUGUUGCCCGGCUCAUUCCUACGCUGGGUACUCAAGCUCAAGGGCAAGAAGUGUGUGCGGAUUCUUCUCCGUCCGACAGUGGCGACUUAUCAUCUUCAAGUGGUUCUUCACGGGAUUCGGCGCGCGAGUUCAACAUAGAGGUAUUGGACCCGCUCACGUCCGAGGACUUUACAUGGCUUCCUCUCCCGACCACAGGCCGCUUGCCGGGACCGCAAUGCGUAGCACUAUGCGCUCAUCUCCACACUUACUUAUCCUUCUAUGCACCACCAACUUCGCCGACGGAUGACAAAGUCGCGGUGGGGUACAUCCUUGGGUAUACUACCAAGGUGGCCCGCGAGUUUCGCACGCAGCGGUACGAUAACAACAAUGCACCGCUCAUGUAUGUCCGCAUCCAGGUUGGGCAAGCGUCCUGCAGCGCUUUGCUGGAUAGCGGCGCGUCUCGCAACUUUAUGAGCCAGUCUUUUAUGCAAAGAGCUGGCCUUGGCGCACAAGUUUGGAGGAAGGCAAACCCGACGGCGAUCAAGUUGGCGGAUGGUAAGACGCAACAACUUCUCGAACGUUACAUCGAGGCCGUACCGGUCUACUUCGCACCUCAGGCAUGCGAACCGGUAACAUUCGAUAUUCUCGACACGAACUUCGACAUCAUUCUGGGAAUGCCUUGGCUCGCAAGUGCGGAUCACACGGUCAACUUCCAUCGGCGGACUCUUAGCGUUCGCGACGCCUUUGGCGCGGAAGUGGCGGGUACUAUUCCUCUACCGCACUCUUCGAUCCGGUGCCAAGUGGUGACGGCCAAAUCAUUCCGGGCAACUUGCGCGUAGGAGCAGCCCGAGGAGAUCGGCCUAUGUUUCUUACGGACCGUC